UGAGCACGCUAUUUGACGUCACCGUGGGAGUGUCGAUCAUCGGGAGAAAUGAACGGUCAUCAACACAACCGUCUCAGCGCCCAUCAUGUGAUUUUUCUAAAUUUCCACGGAAGCUGUGGGUUAAAGUUCAAGAGCUAUUUUAUUUGGAAAAGUCACCCGGAGGAAGCCUGGCCGGAAAUCGGCUUGGAUUGCUAGGCAUUUUAUUCCCCUGAGUUCAUAAACGCACAGACCUGCUGCAAAUGACCACAUGUGAAGAUGCAGGAUGUAGUUCCACAUCUGUGUGGAGCGUUCAUUAUUGCUUGCCUUUAAUUUGGAGCUUGCAGUUUUGUGUUUUUUUGUUUGUGUUGCAUUAAGUACUGGAUGCGCUCACAAGGGUAUGUCUGUCUUAAUGAACUUGAUGAAAGUUACUGCAUAUCACAGCUAAGCUUCUCAGAAAAUAAAACAAAUAAUUUUAAUGUUUUGGCCAAGACAGUCAAGGCGACGGCCGCUGACCUUACAGUGUUUUAGCUGUCAGUCACUGAUGCCCUCCAGAUGGAUGGUUAAGCCACAAAAGCUCGUCCUGAGUUGUGAGUCAGAAGAGAAGAGGCUGGGCUGAUGACAAGCAUGACAUUGAGCCGAGCCACAGAUGCAUGCCCACUCUAAAGCACCAGCUGAGCGGCGUCCCCUCUGCUUCCCGGCUUGCACCCGGCCUCUCAGAGGGGGGUGUGGACGGGGCGUAGCUAGUCCCCUGCAGCCCCCGCGUAGUGCCUCGCUGUGAAACUGGAGGGGUCUGAUGGAUCAGGGUAGUAGUGAGCAGAGUCCAGAGGAGCCGGACGCAGGAGGCCGAGCGGAGCCGGAGGCCGGCAGGAGGGCGUCGGAGUCGGAGCACGGCUUGUCCAAAAUCACCCAUAAUGCCCUGGAGAACAUGGGAGCGUUGGGGCACGGCCUGAAGCAGCUCUUCCAGCCUCAGCGCCGACGCUCCUCCGUUUCCCCACAUGACUCCGCCUCAGCCUGCGCGAGCGCCCCUCCCUCCGAGCCCGUCGACCUAGGGUCAGAAGUAGGGGACGUUCCGGGCUCCUUGGCCCCCUCCGUGGAUUCUGACAAUCCUGCCGCUUCCGCCCCUCCCGCAGCUCUGAGCCGGGUACUGCAGCAGAUCCGAGGUCCGCCCAUCAUGAAGCGAGGCACCAGCCUGCAGAGCCGCCGCAGCAAAGCGGGGAGCUCUGGGGAGGCCCCUCAGAAAGGAAGCCCGCAGAUCCACCGGCGGAGCACCCACGAGGCCCUGCUGCAGGCGGGACGCCCACGCUCCUCCUCGACCACGGACACGCCCAGCACCCCGGCCCUGGCGGACGUGCUGCUGACCUCUGGGUACCACUCCACUGAAGAACCCGACAAGUUGGAUCGGUACGACGGAUCAGGCCCUGCGGUGUCGCCCAACGCCCUGCCUUAUGGCGCCGAGGGGUACGACGUGGUCGACAGCACGCCGGACCCCCAGCGCACCAAGCAGGCCAUUGCCCAGCUGCAGCAGAAGAUCCUGAAGCUCACAGAACAACUCAAGAUCGAACAAACGGCUCGCGACGACAACGUGGCCGAGUACCUGAAGCUGGCCAACAAUGCAGACAAACAGCAGAGUGCGCGCAUCAAGCAGGUGUUUGAGAAGAAGAACCAAAAGUCUGCUCAGACCAUCCAGCAGCUGCAGAGGAAGCUGGAGCACUACCACCGGAAACUCAGAGAGGUGGAGCACAACGGCAUCCCUCGGCAGCCCAAAGAUGUUUUCCGAGACAUGCACCAGGGUCUGAAAGGUGUUGGAGCCAAGGUAACGGGUGGGCUGUCCAGCUUUUCUCAAGCUACUCAUUCUGCAGCUGGAGCUGUGGUGUCCAAGCCCAGAGAAAUCGCUUCGCUCAUCCGGAACAAGUUUGGGAGCGCCGACAACAUCGCCUCUCUGGAAGAAACGCCAGGAGAAGAGGGCAGCUAUCCGGGGGGGUCGCGACCUCUGGGAACAGGACAGCUACAAUCCAGCCCCAGAUACGGCAGCGAGGACGAUUGCUCGAGCGCGACGUCGGGGUCCGCCGGAGCUAACAGCACGCCCGGGGCCCCAGGUGGGCCCCCCAGCUCCAGGGGCAACACUCUGGAUAAUGCACAAGGCUCGGGGUUUGAUGCUUUACUCCAUGAGAUCCAUGAGCUUCGGGACAACCAGGGUCGACUGGAAGAGUCGUUUGAAAAUUUAAAAUCCCACUAUCAGCGGGAUUACACCAUAAUCAUGGAGGCUCUGCAGGAAGAACGAUACAGGUGUGAACGGUUAGAAGAACAACUCAAUGACUUGACAGAACUGCACCAGAAUGAAAUCCUGAACCUGAAGCAGGAACUAGCCAGCAUGGAGGAGAAGAUUGCCUACCAGUCUUACGAACGGGCCCGAGACAUACAGGAGGCGCUGGAGGCUUGUCAGACUCGCAUAUCCAAGAUGGAGCUGCAGCAGCAGCAGCAGCAGGUGGUGCAGCUGGAGGGCCUGGAGAACGCCACGGCACGGACUCUCCUCGGAAAGCUCAUCAACAUACUCCUGGCCGUCAUGGCUGUCCUUCUGGUGUUCGUGUCCACCGUGGCCAACUGCGUUGUCCCCUUGAUGAAAACACGCAGCCGCACGCUUUCCACGCUGCUCCUCGUGAUCCUGUUCGCCUUCCUCUGGAGGCACUGGGAGGCCAUUUCAGAGUAUCUGCAUCAUUUCCUGCUAAACCCCAGAUGACCUGCUGGGAGAAACUAAUCGAAGCGACGAAAGGGACUGGGGGCUUCGAGGUCAACGCUUAAAGGGAAGACGUAUAUACUGAAGGUUGUGUCUUAAUCGUCCAGUUGAUCAUAUUUCUCUAAAAGCACUCAGGAGUGUAACAGAGGUUUGUCACUUUACCACUUUGAGAACUUUAUAUCCGGGAGAAUAAAAUCAAGGAGGAGGAGAUAAAAAAAAAAA